AUGGCUGAGGUCAGUGAAUAUGAAAAUUUCACUCUGACGGUGCAGCAUUCUGUACUGGCGAUCCAGCAUGCCUACUCAUUUGCGAUGCAAGCAGAGGAAAUGAAGAAGGAGCUGGUCCAUAAGACCAAGGAGGCUGCUGGUUUGCUCAAGUCCCUAAACAAAGCCGAGGCCAAGAUGAAAGCCUUGAUAGAUCAGGCCAAAACAGCUAAGCAAGCCCAAGAUGAAGCUGAAGAAAAGGCCGGUGCUGCAGAGGCUACUGCUGAGGUUCUCAAAGCGGAGAAAAAAGAGGCCGAAGCAAAAACCGCCAAAGCCCAGGCUGAGCUCCGAGCUACUUUGGCCACAAAAGACGCCGAGAUCAAAGCAGAAGACGACAAGGCCUAUGCCAAGGGGGUAGCAGACGUCCUCGAAGAAUACAAGAAACAAGAUGAGGAGGACGAGGUCUCAAAAGGUGCACCUCCCAAGAAGACAACAUCCGAGGUGCCAAUUGCUGAGAAGAGCCUUAAUCAGACUCUACAAGAGAUUGACGCCAAGCUUGAGGCUGAGAAGGCUGCCGAGAAGAUUUUCCAGUUAUCUUUUGGGGCCGUGACACAGCCUGCCACCGAUGCCGAAUAG